AUGGAGACUUACGCCUCAACACUUGCUGGAAGAUCGUUCCGAAGCCUAAUGGCAAUAGUUGCGAGGUUCGACCUUGAGACCCUGCAGCUAGACGCUGUGAACGCCUUCACCAACGCAACACUCGAUGAGACAGUCUACGUCUGGUUUCCACCUGGAUUCAGCAGACCUGGAUACUGCCUCAUACUCCGGAAAGCCUUAUAUGGACUCAGAAGAAGUCCAUUACUAUGGCAAAAGAGCAUCGACACCACCCUCAAGUCACUUGGACUAGCCCCUCUAGAUGAGGACGACUGUGUCUAUGUGGGAAAAGGCAUCACGGUUUUUAUCUUUGUGGAUGACAUCGCAAUUAUCUACAGGAAGAGACACAUGCACACAGCGAAAGAUAUCGUCAGCGGCCUCAAAGCAGCAUAUGAAAUGAAAGAGUUAGGAGAACUCAACGUUUUCCUAGGCAUAAGGAUUAUCAGAGACCGCAAGGAGCGCAAGCUCUGGCUCAGCCUCGACAACUACAUCAGCAAGAUCUGCGAUGACUUCCAGGGCAAACUCCACCGAUGCAUCAAGCAAGCUGAUGGCCAGCCUCUUGAGCUAUCGUUCGCCUACACUUGCAAGACGGUUGCAGCUGAGAUGAAACUUCUCACACUAGGUGUAAACACCAUCACAUUCUCGACUUUCUUUUCCGAUGAUCUCUGCUUCCUCGCGGGCACCUUUUCCAAGCUGCGAACAGAUUUUCUCGACAACCUCCGAAGUACCAUCUUUCACUACAGCGGGGACAGCAUGAUCGGUCGAGUUUACAGCGAACUUGCUGCGACUUAUCCGCAGUUCGUUCCUGUCCUGGAUCACAUCAAGAAGGUGACGAACAGAAAGGACCCGCACAACAUCCCGGACAAUUACGGCGAAGCACUUUCAUCCUACCGCGAGUUUGUCAAGCAUGCACUGCAACUCGCAUCGACGCACUACAAAGGCGCUCGUCCCGAGGACAUUCGUCGAAUUGACCCCUUGCGCAUCGUACACUGCUCAGUUCAGCCUUGGGACAUACCUUCCUACGAUAACGUCAUGGAACUGGCUUCCUACUUCAAUCCCAGCCGAAGCGCCGAGCAGCUGGCCAAGUUCCUGGGGGACUCGAGAAUCCCCUUCUUCGCGUUGAACGUCGAGUCAACCUAUGGCGGAAUGUAUUCCAGCCGGAUCAAGGAGCUGAAGACCCUCACGCUAGAGUCUUUGACCCGUUCCUCGGCGAGAGAGACGAGGAUAUCAGUCUGGGACCCAGACAAAUAA